CAAUGAUCUUUGUCCCCGCCGGCUGUCCGUACUCGGUCUGUCUCGGUGUGUGUGUCUGUCUCGCAGAGAGCUGGAAGAUGGCGGAAGCUCCCCCACGGCCCGGCCGGUUUUUCUGUCACCGGUGCUCGGCAGAGAUCAGCCCCCGCAUCCCGGAGUACACCUGCCCACGGUGUGAGUCUGGGUUCAUUGAGGAACUGCCAGAGGAGCAAAGCACUGAAAAUGGAUCAACAUCCACCACCUCUACCAGCGAUGAGAACCGGCACCUAUUUGAGAACGCGGACCAACACCUGUUUACUUUCCCCCCCGGGUACGGCCAGUUUGCUCUGGGGAUUUUCGACGAGGGCUUCGAGUUCGGUGCGGGCCUGCCCUCCGAGGACAACCGGGAGUCGGAGAACCGGCGGGAGCGCGACCUGGGCUCGCGGCAGCGGUACGGCGCCAGGCAGCCGCGGGCGCGGCACCUGCCCCGGCGGCAGACGGGGAGGCACGAGGGAGUGCCCACGCUAGAAGGUUUAAAUCAGUUUGAAAACACCGGCCCGCCCCCUGCUGACCGGGAGAAGAUUAAGACCCUCCCCACAGUACAGAUCACAGAAGAACAUGUAGGUUCUGGUCUAGAAUGUCCUGUUUGUAAAGAAGAUUACAGUGUAGGAGAAAACGUUAGGCAGCUCCCAUGCAAUCAUUUGUUUCAUAAUGACUGUAUAGUACCUUGGCUGGAACAGCACGACACUUGCCCCGUGUGCAGGAAAAGUUUAAGCGGACAGAACACGGCCACGAAUCCUCCGGGCCUAUCAGGGAUGAAUUUCUCCUCUUCCUCCUCUUCAUCGUCCUCCAGCUCGCCCAGCAACGAGAACACCACCAACAAUUCGUAAGCCCAGGCGCCUCCCUCUCCCGACCAGCAGGGGGACCGGUGGCCCCGUCGCCCUUCAUCGCACCCCGUCGCGUGCUCGGGGCUCCGUGUGCGGCCCGUGGCCCAGAGAGAGGAGGGAUGCGGACGGCACCAAGCUUUCGUUUUUUCUUUUUUUUUACCAUUUUCGUUUUUCAGCGCAAGAACAAACCAUCGCCCCUGUUUUCAAACUAAACAGAGACGCAGCUGCCGGAAGAGCAAGGAAACUGAGAAAACUUGCAGGUGCUUUCGGGAAAUCAGGAGACGGAUCGAGUCAGAUCUCCGGUCGACGCUACGAGGAGGAAAAAAAAUUCCCAGGAGUACUGUGCAAUCUAGGGGAGUCAUUUACCUGGUCUCUGUUCUCGGAGGACAAGGAAGACACUUCUGUUUUACAUAAAAAUGUGUAAUUUUUUUUUAAAAAGAGAAUCUUCCUAAGGCUGUACAGCCAAGGGUGGCAAUGGAGGAAAAAUUGACAUGUGUAAAUAGAUGCCUAAUUUUUUUUAAUUGCUCUGUAUUCUGUGCAGCCAAGAGGGAAGCAGGAAAUCUUGUGGAGGGGGAAAAAAAAAGUGCUAAAUUGGAAAGUUGCGAUCACACUGGGAUUAAAGGUAUUUUGUUUUUAAGACUCCA